AUGUCUGAAACCGAUGUUGGAGUUACUUCACGGAAACGUAAACAGUCCGACUGUGCCUUGACAGAAAUGAUACACUCUGUGGCACGCGAACUAAAGGAGACUUUGAAGUCAUUCAAAACUGAUGUUGAUUCAAGCUUCGCGUCUAUGAAUAUAAACUUUCACUUUAAAAUCAAAAGCGACCUGGACUCACUCACAAAAAAUACAUCGGAAAUUCGCAAUGAAUUGUCUACCUUACGCACUGAUCAAGAAACCCUUAAAAAACGAUUAUCUGUUCUGGAAAACAAUGACAGCGAUUGUACACAGCGCCUUACCACCUGGGAGGUUCGUUACAAUAUACUUCUGACCAGUGUAGGGACCUUGCGAGGAGGAUUGAUGUUCUGGAGUCUUGCAGUUCUUCUACCAGCAACUCUGUGGAUCUCAUACAACAACUGGAAGGGAAAAUCGAUACGUUGGAGCAACAAGCGAGAUCCUGCAACAUAG